GUUGCAAACAAAUCAUUUAAUUAAUUAAUAGUGUCGCUUAAACAAUUCUUAAAAUGAAUUUUAGAAUACAUUGCAUACUUUUAAUAUGGCAUCUUUAUUACGAAAUUUCACCAAUAUCCACACUUAACAUCGUCAAACAAUCGAAAUGUGAUUUUAAGCACACUGUGAAUUUAACAAAUUAUCAUAAAUAUCAAAAUGAUUCUUUUCUGUAUCAGGGAAAAAUAAUACCACCUGAGAUAUUAGCUCUCUAUGAUUAUGCUGUAUUAUGGGGAAAAAAUAAAUCGGUUCCGUUGCAUGUGAGAGGUUGUGUUUGUGAUAGAUAUCCUUGCAUUAGACUGUGCUGUGAAAAGGAUGAAUACUACGAUGAAAUUACCAAAAACUGUGAAAAAUUGAAUAAGGAUAUAGAAAUGCUAUGGAAAUUACGAAUAGAACACUUUUCUGGCAAAUUUAAAAUCAGUAAUAUUAUGAAUGAAUUCAUUAUUGAAAUUGGUUUACCCUGUUUGGAAUCAAUGACACUUAAGAAAAUUGAAGAUACCACAACAUUAUUUCAAACCGGAUUUUUACAAACUCCAUAUAAUCGUUUUGAAAGUUCCGAAUUCUGUUACUCACCACAUUUGACGAAUAAUUUCACUUAUAUAUUAAAACCAUUUACUUGUCUCCCAGACAAUAACACAUUCAGGAAAGGUACAUUUACACUGAUGAAAUUUUUAACGACAUGGAAAAGUUGGACAAAUAUCGAAGUACAAGGUUUUAUAUCGUUACUAUUUUUAAUAUCCACCACACUUUUGUAUUAUUUCCUUAAAGAUUUAAGGAAAAAUCUGAGUGGUAAACUGUAUUUUUGUUAUCUUUAUGGGAUGACAAUGAGUUAUAUAAUUUUUGCUAUUCUUAAUUUAACGCAUUUUCUAUGGAGUCGUAUAUGGAUUAUUAUAAUUGGUUUUACUGGUUUAGUUAUUCAUACAAUUGCGAUAUUAUGGCUGAAUGUAUUCGGUUACUAUAUUUGGAGAGAUCGCAAUAGUAAAGCGAACUCUAAACUGUUUUCCAUAUAUUGUGUAAUUGUUGGUUCGAUUGCUUGCCUGGCAUCGUGCUUUAUAAUUUUUGGAAAGAUGUCUGAAAGUUAUCUUGUGAAUAGCGGAGGAAUUCUUGAUAAAAUAUUGUGGUGGAAUAAUCAAAGAUGGUUUUCACUUCAAAUUAUCAUUCCAACUGUUUUAAUUUUACUUUUCAAUUGUGGAAAAUUAAUUCUAUUAACAAUAAUUAUCACAAGGAGGCGAGACAGUGGGACACAUAAUAAACUGUUUUUAAAAAAGAACGCAAUUAUUUUCAUACGUUUAUUUGUAAUAUUAGUUAUUCCUUGGUUCUUUAAAAUCUAUUUACCUUCAAUUGCCGAUGCCAUGCAAGGAACUAUAAUAUUUUUAUCGUCUGUUUUGAGAAAAGAGAUUUGGAUUUUAUUGAAAAUGAAAUUUAAAAUGGUUCGAAUACCGCAUGAGAAUGUUAUCGAUACAGAAUCUUUAGAAUAAUAUCUGUAUUUUGUGUGUUAUAUUCAUGUUUAUCUCCACCGAUUUAAAGCAAAUAAAAUUAUUAUCAAGUUUAA